AGUCCCAAAAAAGCGAGAAAAGCCGACAAAACCCGUUCUUCUCUCAGACCUUGUUUUUUACCGUGGCCCUCAUCCCGCGUUAGUGGCUGAGUUCACGGCAAAGAAGACGGAUCGGAUUUUCAGUACCAACUAGAAAGUCCAGUUCGACCGACCGAGAUGUCACAGGAGCAUGACAAUAAGCGUCCUGUCCUGGUUCUGCAGAACGAGGCGGGCUAUGGUGGCCAGCGCCGCUCCUUCACCACAGAGGACGAAGCCUGGAAGUCGUUUCUGGAGAACCCGCUGACGGCCGCCACCAAGGCCAUGAUGAGCAUCAACGGGGACGAAGACAGCGCCGCAGCUCUCGGCCUGCUCUACGACUACUACAAGGUGCCCAGGGAAAAGAGAACAAUAUCCCAGAGCAAGGCAGACGUAUUGGUCUCUGAUGUGGAUCCCAACAAAAGACACCAGAUUCAGGCCGUGCACCCGCUAGGCCCACUCCAGGAAGCACCCAUGGCCAAUGUGGAGAGCAGGAUCCAAGUCCUCAAGGGGCCUUUCAACUUUCUUCUCCCCAACCAGCUGACCCAGGACAAGAAGCCCUUCCCCUCACCAGACACAACCGUCACAGUUUCCAUCGCUACGGUACCCAACUACCCGCCUGUCAAGACGGAGGUGCCCACCCACGGCUUCUCAGUGACGGUGCCCAACAACUGCGCAGAUCCAGACAGCCAUGUGGGCGUCUUCAGUGACCGGCAGCUCACCCACCCCUCGGUCCAGCUCAGCCCCAGCACCCAUUCCCGCACACCCCCCGACUCCACCUUCCCAGAGAGCUUCAAGGACGGUUCCCAGGAGGUGUUUUCCUUCCCAGGGGAUCUCCAGUUACGUAUGGCCUCCAUCGCGCCUGAGGACUACACCGCGUUUGACACCGUGCCGGGGAAUAAUUUUGAGUAUACUCUGGAGGCGUCCAAGUCUCUGCGUCAGAAGACAGGUGACGGGACGAUGACAUACCUAAACAAAGGCCAGUUUUACCCAAUCAGCCUCAGGGAGAUUGACAACAGCAAAGGCAUGCAGCAUCCCAUCACCAAAGUCAGGAGUGUCGUGAUGGUGGUGUUUGGAGAGGAGAAGUGCAGAGACGAUCAGCUGAAACACUGGAAGUACUGGCACUCCAGACAGCACACGGCCAAGCAGAGGUGCCUCGACAUCGCUGAUUACAAAGAAAGCUUCAACACCAUCGGCAACAUUGAGGAGAUCUCCUAUAAUGCCAUCUCCUUCACCUGGGACACCAAUGAGGAGGCUAAGAUCUUCAUCUCGGUCAACUGUCUGAGCACGGACUUCUCCUCUCAGAAGGGGGUGAAGGGCCUGCCUCUCAACCUGCAGAUCGACACCUACAGCUACAACAACCGCAGCAACAAGCCCAUCCACCGCGCCUACUGCCAGAUCAAAGUCUUCUGCGACAAAGGAGCCGAGAGGAAGAUCCGGGAUGAGGAGAGGAAGCAGUCCCGCCGGAAGGGGAAGGUGACCGAUCUCAGCAACAGCCUGGGACCAUUUGUAGAUGUCAAAGUGCCUCUCCUCCAGAAGCGCAACGACGUCACCAUCUUCAAGAUGAUGACUGACUUCGACACCCAGCCUGUCCUGUUCAUUCCCGACAUUCACUUCUCCAGCUUCCAGCGCCAUCCUUUCUCGCCAGAAGAUGGAGAGGACAGCUCGGGCAUGAAGAGAUUACCCUUCAGUGAGGACGAGUUUGGUUCACCCCCAAACAAGAUGGCUCGACUGGAGGAACCAAAGAAAGUGCUGCUGUACGUACGCAAGGAGGCAGAGGAGGUGUUCGAUGCCGUCAUGCUGAAGAACCCCACGCUCAAAGGCCUGAUGGAGGCAAUUUCAGAGAAGUACGAGUUGCCUUUAGAAAAGGUUGGAAAAGUCUAUAAGAAAUGCAAGAAGGGGAUCCUAGUAAACAUGGACGACAACAUCAUCAAACACUACUCCAACGAGGACACCUUCCAGAUCUCCAUGGAGGAGCUGGGCGGCAUUUACAAACUCACCCUCACUGAAAUCUGAUUGGGCUGUCAUCCGGAGGAGGUGACAUCACCCCGAGGCUGCUGGGAUGGAGGGUAGAUGAAACUGAGCAGUCAGUCAGGAGCUGUGGUUUACACGUCUAGCUAGGCCAUUUGCCCUAACGGUGAUCAAGGACUGGAUCUGAAGCUCUAAUUACAUUGUCUCAGUACUAUUUUAGUGUCAAACAGGUAUGAACAUGCAAAGUUAUAUAUUUUUUUCAUGUCCCACAAGCGGCAUAUAAAAAGCCAUAGCUCUUACGAGACAACAGCAUUGAUACGAGAUGUCAAUUUUGAUUAAUUGUAAAAUUGUACAUAAGGAUUUAGAAAGUUAAGACACAUUUGAUUGUGACAGUGCCUUUAGUUUGGAUGUAGUGGCCAUUUACUGCAAGUGGCAACUCCACUUACUCUUCAGAAAAAAAAAAAAAAAAAAGUUUAAAAUGAGCAGAGCAUUUGUGGUGCUACUAUACCUCAUGCUGUGCAAGCAACACUCUCACGUCUUUGGAUUUUACAAGUAAAAAAUGUACAGAUGUGAGUCGGAGAGAUAAAACAGAGCCAUAAUUUUGAGACAGCAGCUUGUCUUCCCCUUUCUAAAGCCAUAGCACUGAUAAUGACAAUCUUUAAGGUUGGGUAUUAGCACACAAAAUGAAGACAGACAAUUUUUUGUUGUUGUUGUUGUUGUUGUUUUAAAUAAUGGAGAAUGCAUAAAGGCCCCAGUGCUUCAGUGUAUUAAUACUAAACAUUACGGCAGUAUUUAGUGUGUACCAUCCUCCUCAACAUUAUACCAUUAGAGAAGCACAUUUUACAUGUUUGUUGUAUAGUUUGUGCGUGACAAAUAAGCCUAGGCUACAUGUUGUUUUGUAAAUGGAAGUGGCUAACUGUUUUUUUUUUUUUUUUUUUUGUCAAAUCAAUUUAAAUAAUGGCCUUUGUCUGUCUAAGUAUUAAAUAAUGACGAAAGUGAAUGAUAGCGAUGCUAAAACAUAUCUACCCUUCCCUUGUACAGUAGUUUUCUGAAUGUCAAUCCGAUAGGUCAUUGAAUGUCUAGCACAGUCUCUGCAGACUGUCCUGGAAGUGCAAUAUGAUAUUUAAGUUCGGAUGCAUUCAGAAAAAAGUUCAUUUCUAUGGCCAUAUCUUUAUCAUGAUAAUUAAAUGACAAAAGAUAAAUCUGUAUGAUGAUGCUGGUGUAAAUAUCCAUUGAACAUAAUGUCGAAAAGGAUCAACAGGAUCCCUCCUUUUGUAUCUCAGUACUUAUUGUGUAUAUAUUUAUUAAGAGAAUGGAUGUGGGUCAUUUUUAUACAUUAUAUAUAUCCAAAUUUCUAUUUCUAUUAUUCCUAAUAAUAUAAUGUUUUUGUUCCUUUUUAUAUGAAGUUGUUCUAACAUUACAUGUCAAGGGAGAAAUGUUUUUAAAUGUUGCUGCGUUCUUCAGUUUUGUAAAGCAUUUGAUGCACCAAGUGCCCAAUAAAAGUCAUCCAGUAGCUGUGCUGGCA